AUGUUUUCAACACUAGAUCACAAAUCGUUUCAAGGUAUGAUAGUGUUAGACAAAACAGUUGUACUGUCUCACGAAUCAAAGCAGAAGGCUGGCGCUCCUCCUAACAAAACGAAACCUGUAAAGUUCUUAGGAGCGAAAUCCAAAUCGGUUGGUGGCUGUGCAACUUGUAGACACCGGAAAAAGAAAUGUGAUGAGGUCCAUCCUUCAUGUGGAUUCUGUACUCGUAGGAACAUACCAUGCCUGUGGCCUCCUCCAAGACCGAGAAAGAAGUAUGAGAGAAAGAAUAAAAUACAAAAUAUCCCAAAGCUGGAAACUCAAUCAGAAAAUGUGAGUGCCAUUCAGACAACAUCGAAACAAGAUGUACAGCGUAUCGAGUCUUUCGAUAGCCUUGAAGAGAAUUCCAAAGCAUUCAGCUUCAUGUCAGGUAUACUAAACCUGACAGAAAUUGACACCAAGACGAGUAGCUUGGAAUCGAUAGUGCCGUAUGAUGAAAAUGAUGCCGAUGAACGUGCUUCUGUAACUACAUCUAUGAUAUUAUCAGGAAUCAAGACUCCAGAUUUAAACAUGGAUCACGAUGAGAGCUACAAACAGAUGGUUUCGUUCUCGCCUGGUUUAAAGGAAGGACUAGACAAGUUCACUAAAAUGUUACUGUCAGAAAAGUUCACUUACCCAAACUCUGCUAAAGAAUCUUGGCUAGCUGACAAAGGUUCUCCUUUUGAAAUUUUAAUGGACCUGCAAGCCUCCGGUCCCGGCUUCCAAUACAACUACUUCGAAAAAUUUAUUGAAAAUUGUUUAAAUCCUUCACCUCUGAAGUUCUACUCCACCAACUUUGAAGUUAAGUUAGCUUUCAAACACAUGGAGCUGCUGCUUAGUGAUAAAGGAUUCAAAUUCCUUGAAUACUAUAUAUUCUAUUACUCAAAUUCGAUUACUAUAUGCCCAGCCGAUUCAAACUAUUUUGUGAAGACCUUUCUUCCCCUAGCAUAUUCAUGUGAGCCCAUCUUGUAUGCGUUAGUUUCUUGGGGCUGUCUUAUGUACCAUUCCCAAGAUGAAGCCAGAGUUUACUUGCAUAAGGCAACUCUGUUAAUGUACAAAACAAUUGAAGCCAAAAAUUCCAAGGACAAGACUUACAGUGACUAUCAGCAUUUCAAAGAAAUGUGUUCAUUCUUUCUUAUUUUAAUAGGAUGGGAGAUUUGUUCUGGUGAUACCAACAAUUGGUACCAUUUGUUAGCACAGUGCAAAGAAUUAAUUUGCAAAUAUGGGGGGUUCCAAAAGAUUAGCGAAAUGUCUUCUCAUAGCAAUGAUAUUAAAUGGCUAAUUUCAAACUUCCAAUUUCAUGAUGUUUUUGCUUCCAGAAGUCUUGAAACUGGUACUUUUUUUCUUAUGAGCGAGUACGAAAAUGUCCUAGAAGAAGAUAUCAGCUAUGGAAUUGAUCCAAUACAGGGGCUCGCAAGACCCCUCAAUACAAUAUUGGGAGAAAUAAGUAAUUGCAGCUCUAGGAUGAAAGAAGAGCGAAAACAAUUGGAAGAGGAAUUUUCAAGAAGCGAAAUCGAUUCUAUAACUUAUAAUCUGAAAAGACUAGCUUACUAUGAAAAGUGUGAGACUGUCGCUGCUUAUUUCGAAAGUAGGAUUAGCUCCUGUCGUCCAAAUAAGAGAUUGUUAGCACUUGUGAAGGAAGAAUCAUCAAUUGAGAGGCAUUUGACCUUGUUUGAAUUGUAUUCUUAUGUGUGCAUGUUUUACGUUGAAAUAUACAUACGCCAAUUACCACCGAAGUCAAUAAAGCUUCAAACAUUACUCUUGCGAAGUUUGGAACUUAUUGACAUUUUGAUUGAUACAGUUAUGAUGGUUUCCUUACCAUUACCUCUUUUAAUUGCUGCUCAAACUUGUUAUAUGCCUAGCGAUAGAGAUGACAUGAGAAAACGGUUGCAGAAUGUUAGUAAGGGGUACCAUAUUGGUAAUUUUGCAAGAAUGGUCGAAAUCAUUGAAGAAUCUUGGGAGUUGAAUCCUGAUGGUUCAAAAAUAUUGGACUGGACAGAAAUAACUCACAAUAGAGGUUGGAACCUUUAUGUUGGCUAG